AUGAGACAAAGGCAUUGGCUGGAGUUGAUUAAGGACUAUGAUUGUACAAUUGAGUGUCAUCUUAGCCAAGUUAAUGUUGUGGCGGAUGCCUUCAGUAAGAAGUCUAGUGGAAGCCUAGCUCAUCUCAGAAUGGCCUAUCUUUCAUUACUGGUGGAAUUGCAGAAAGAUAGAGUUGAACUGGGAAUGAGUCAACAUGGUGGAUUACUUGCUAGUUUGCAUGUGAGACCUAUUCUGGUGGAGUGGGUGAUUGCUGCUUAA